CGAGGACCGGACAGGGAUGGGGGCCGUGAGGAAGGCGGGAGAGCGUGGUGGGGGCAGAGAGCCCGGGGAGCGUGCGGAGGGGCGCUGUGCCCCUGGGGAGAGCCGCAGACCGGCUCGGGGGCGACUCUAGCCCAUCCCCUAAGGGGACCAGAUCCUGGUGGCCGCAUCCCUGGGGGAGGCUAGGAUGCAAUUGAAAGAAGGGGGUGGGUGGGGGUGGGUAGUGACGGAGAGAGUAGGAUAAAGGGGAUCUGGAGGCGGAGAUGUGGGGGUGGUCGAGAGGAAGAGGGGGCUGGGGACCAGGGAUGGGGGUGGAAGGAGCUCGGCUCUCCUGGCCCCUCCCCUCCAGCCCUGGGUCAGUUUCCCUGGGCAGCGGGCUGUGCCCUCGGUCAGGUGGGGAUGCAGUGUCCGGGUCAAGAGCUCUGCUCAGGUGGUCCAGGCCAAGGCACCCCCGCCCCGUAAUGCCCGGAGCUUGGCCUGGACAGAGUGGGAGGGGCUCAUCUGGGAGCAGGUGGGCUUCCAGGCCAGUGUUGAAAGCCCUGGCCGGCCAUUCCUAUUUCCCUGGAGAAAAAGGAAGCAAUGUGCAAAGCCGGUGGCUGCCCGAGGUGGACGGCUUGGACUAAAAUUAGCACAGGCGUGCUGAUGAGCCUGGCGUCCUGACCUGCCGGGGACAGCUGAGGGACCUCUCUGCGCGGAGAAAACCCGGGAGAUGGAGUAGUCUCAAGUCUCCCGGCGCGAGCCCAGGGCCACUGCUCCAAGGCCUGGCCCACACAGCCCAGCCACUCAGCCCCAGGGCCCCCCGUGGCCACCGUCCCCGGGGCAUCUCCAACAGAGGCAUCUUGGAGUGAGCUCGCUGAGGAAGGCAGAGGGCAGGCCGGCCUCCUCCAGCGUCCACGCAGUGCCCCCCCUCCCCCGGGGACCUGGAAUGUCGGCCCCAGCCAGAGACAGGGUUACUGCUCCCGAAUACCUGGAGGUCUGUCAUGGAGAAAAUGUUCCGUGUGCUCCUGGAGGGCAGCACAGAAACAGCGCGACGGGGAGCCGAGGGGCCGGCCGAGGGGCACUGCCAGCCGCGGGCUGGUGCCAGCUGCCCCAAGAGAACUCUGCCCACACAGAAGCGGAGCAGCCUGUCGCUGACGGCCGGCAGUAAGCAGCGCCCGCCAGCAGGGCCUGGUGUCCAGGGAGUUCCCAGGCGGACCUCAGGCAGUCUCCGGCCAGCUCCCCAGGGCUGAGCCACAGAGGGGAGUGUGGGAGGUCCAGGAGUGGGGUGGAGGCGGGCAGCAGGCCCACAGGCGGGUGCAGCCCACAGGCCGGCCCUCCUGGGCUGGCCCAGGCUCCUCUGAGAAGCAGGGUGGGCUCAGCAAGGUUAGCACAGGUGGGAACAGGCUUCGCCCCCCCCCUCCCCGGGAAACUCCGUCUGCUCACCAAGUCCACCGGGCGGAUGAGAAACAAAGGGAAAAGCCGUGCAUCCUGCGAGGGCCAGAGCUCCCACUUCCUCCCGCCGCGGCCCCCAAGGCCAGUCAGCCCUCCAUGGCCCCAGAAAGCCCUGCAGGGGCUUCCUCUGCUGUGCCCUUGGUCGCCCUCUGUGGCCGUACCCUACAGCCCCUGGGCUCCAGGCGGAUUAAGUUCGUCUGCAGGCUGGUGAAGAAGUCCAGGCAGCGGGGCCUGGAGGGAAGGGAAGGCAGGGCCCGGACAUCUUUCCUCCCAAACAGGUUAAAUGUAAUCCAGGAUUAAUAGGGGGUGCGGGGUUAAAGCAGCCAAGCCCAGGGCCCAGGGGAAGGUGACGGUCACGGUUUUCACGUGACCUCACCCCUCCAGGGACCCAGGUGCCCUACUUCCCCUUUGGAGAGGAGUGUGUGUGAGGACCUGACUGGGACUAGGAGAAACGCCCUCGGCAGGAGCCGAGAGCCCACCCCGGCCCAGGCCAGGCACGGCUGCAGAGGCGGACCCUCCACCUGGACCGCCAAGGGCUGGGCUCCCCUGAGCCUCGGCCGGAAAGCGGGCCCUUCUCCCCCACCACACCACCACUCACCUGGGAGGAAGGCUCGCCUGGAGACCGGCCGGCGGCUGGCAGGAGCCACCUCUGUGCCGCCCCGCCCCCGCCCCAGGCGGCCAGCCCAUCGCUUGGCGGGGCACCUCCCGGGGCCACCCGGGUUUCAGGUGUCUGGGGAGGGAAUCCAGAUUGAGUUCCAGGAUUUCAAGGGCCCCCCUUUUUUCUCUCUCUCGUGGACUUAUCAAUCUUGGGCUCCAAGGGCAAGAGCCCAGAUGGGGGGCUCCGGCUGGGAAGCAGAGGUCGGUUCUCCAUGAAAACAGCACACGGCUCUGGGCACGGUCUCUGACGCAAGAGCGGAUCUGAGGCCCCGCUCUGCUGCGACUUCGCCUCCCGGGGCCCCGCUUUCACCUGUAAAGUGGGACUAGCGCCCGUGUCACGCGUGUGCUGGGGAUUCCACGUGCAGUGACCCAGCAAAUGCAGCAAGCCCGCACCCGGAGGUGUGCUCUGUGUCAGUCCCGGAGGAGGGGACCCGGAGCCAAGCUCCACGUUGAGGCCAGUCUAAUGGGCAGCAGAUACCAAUGGCCAGGAGACAGAGGAGUUAGGGACAGGGCUGGGGCUGAGCGCUGGCCACACCCCAGCCCUGUAAUUCCACCCAAGACCAGGUUAUCUGGAGCAGGGAGGAGACAGGGUCUUGUAACGGGAGGGAGGAACCCGAUCCGCCCUGGCCUCUCCGCUCACCCCACCACGGCAGCUCGCCUUCGCCACAGUCCUGCCGGGGCCCGGAGCCCAUCUCCUCUGCCCAGGGCAAACCUGUCUGCCUCCUUCUCCUGCCAGGCCGCUCAGGAACACUGGCCCUGCUACCAGAGCCCCAGGAGCCCCCAUGAGUGCUGGCAGAGGGAGCCCUGGCUAGCGAGGCCCUGGCUGGUGCCGGGGCGAGCGCCUCACCAUGCCGCCCGUCCUCCAGCGCCUGCAGCAGGCCACCAAGCUGAUGAGUCGCAGGAAGAUCCUGCUGCUGGUGCUGGGGUGCAGCUCCGUGAGCCUCCUCAUCCACCAGGGGGCGCAGCUCAGCUGGUACCCCAAGCUGUUCCCCCUGAGCUGCCCGCCCCUGCGCGACUCGCCGCCGCGCCCCAAGCACCUGACCGUGGCCUUCCUGAAGACGCACAAGACGGCGGGCACGACCGUGCAGAACAUCCUCUUCCGCUUCGCCGAGCGCCACAACCUGACGGUGGCCCUGCCGCACCCGAGCUGCGAGCACCAGUUCUGCUACCCGCGCAACUUCUCGGCGCACUUCGUGCACCCGGCCACGCGGCCGCCGCACGUGCUGGCCAGCCACCUGCGCUUCGACCGCGCCGAGCUCGCGCGCCUCAUGCCGCCCGGCACGGUCUAUGUCACCAUCCUGCGCGAGCCGGCCGCCAUGUUCGAGUCGCUCUUCAGCUACUACAACCAGUACUGCCCGGCCUUCCGGCGCGUGCCCAACGCGUCCCUCGAGGCCUUCCUGCGCGCGCCCGAGGCCUACUACCGCGCGGGCGAGCACUUCGCCAUGUUCGCGCACAACACGCUGGCCUACGACCUGGGCGGCGACAACGAGCGCAGCCCGCGCGACGACGCCGCCUACCUGGCGGGCCUCAUCCGCCAGGUGGAGGAGGUCUUCUCGCUCGUCAUGAUCGCCGAGUACUUCGACGAGUCGCUCGUGCUGCUGCGGCGCCUGCUGGCCUGGGACCUGGACGACGUGCUCUACGCCAAGCUCAACGCGCGCGCCGCCAGCUCGCGCCUGGCCGCCAUCCCCGCGGCGCUGGCGCGCGCGGCGCGCGCCUGGAACGCGCUGGACGCCGGCCUCUACGACCACUUCAACGCCACCUUCUGGCGCCGCGUGGCGCGCGCCGGCCGCGCGUGCGUGGAGCGCGAGGCGCGCGAGCUGCGCGAGGCCCGCCAGCGCCUGCUGCGCCGCUGCUUCGGCGACGAGCCCGUGCUGCGGCCGGCCGCGCAGAUCCGCACCAAGCAGCUGCAGCCGUGGCAGCCCAGCCGCAAGGUGGACAUCAUGGGCUACGACCUGCCCGGCGGCGGCGGCGGCGCGGGCCCGGCCACCGAGGCCUGCCUCAAGCUGGCCAUGCCCGAAGUGCAGUACUCGAACUACCUGCUGCGGAAGCAGAAGCGCCGGGGAGGCGCGCGCGCGCGGCCCGAGCCCGUGCUGGACCACCCCCCGCCUCGGCCCCUCCGGGCGCUGCCCCGCGGGCCCCAGGGCCCCUGAGCCCCGGAGUCCCGUCUGGGGCAGCGUCCAUCGGGGCUCCUUGCCGAGAGUCUGGGGGCGCGUCCUCCUCCCUAGUGAGCACUUAGCCCUCCGCCUCCCCGGAGGGCGCCCCCAGGCCCAGCGGAGCCCAGGGCCGCCCGCUCCGUCCCAGCUGGUUGGUGGCUGUGACGGGAGCUCUGCGGGCUGUCCAGAACUGCCCACCCUUGCCUUUUUCCGGGGGGCUGAGCCCUCGUCACCUGUGUCUCCAAGUGGCUGAGCCCAGGUCCCUGGGGAGACCCAGCUUUCGCUGUCGGCCUGGCCGGGCCGUGGCUCCCCGGGGGUCUCAGAGCCCCCCCACCCCACCCUGUCUCUUCCACGUUUCUACCCUCCCCCAUAGACCUAAGCUGCUCCCGGACGCCCAGAAUCAGAGUUCUGGGGUUGGGUGUUUUUGUUUGUUUGUUUGUUUGGGUUUUCUUUCUUUUUUAAUAAAACGUCGUUGAAGUGGG